AUGGAUCACGCAGCGAGCUCACCGAGUCCUCCCGCUAAGCCGGUCCACCACGAACCAAUCAGUUUUGGGAUAGACCAGAUCCUCGGAGCCGGUACAGACUCGGAAAGCGGGCGGACCUCAGGGGGAAGACAGAAUCCCUCCGAUCUAAACAGCGGAGAAGGCUACUACAGUUUAGGAAGUCCUACCGGUUCCAGCGCGCCCUCUUACGCGGCGUUGUCGAUCUCCCUGUCCGGCAUCAUGCCUCCGGGAGAGUCGGGGGGGCCGUACGGGGAGACCAGGAACCUGGGCACCCGGGGAGUGAUCCGGGUCCCGGCCCACAGACCCAUGCCACCCACGGGUCCGCCAGCCCCGGUGCAGAGCGUUGUUUCCGGCUUCGGAGGGCUGUGCUUCCCCUGGAUAGGGAACAGGUUCUCCAAGGAUAGAUUAUCAGCAGCCCUGGUGCCUUUCGCCGUCACGCGGAGGAUAGGACACCCGUACCAGAACCGAACCCCCCCCAAACGGAAGAAGCCACGCACGUCCUUCUCCCGGGUGCAGAUCUGCGAGCUGGAGAAGCGCUUCCACCGGCAGAAGUAUCUGGCUAGCGCAGAGAGGGCAGCGCUGGCCAAGAGCCUGAAGAUGACGGACGCACAGGUCAAGACGUGGUUCCAGAACCGCAGGACCAAAUGGAGGAGGCAGACGGCAGAGGAGCGGGAGGCUGAGCGGCAGCAGGCCAAUCGGCUGAUCCUCCAGCUGCAGCACUCCGCCCUGCAGAAGUCCCUGGGCGAAUCAGGCUCCUCGGACCCGCUGUGCGCGCACAACUCCUCCCUAUACGCCCUGCAGAACCUGCAGCCGUGGGCCGAGGAGAGGGAGUAG